AUGGAAUGUAAAACCGUUGAUUUUUGUGCAAUUCAACAAUUACCUAGGACAAGCUAUACCCUCCAAUAUCCGGGCGUUGUCUCGUCAAUGGCGAACCCGUUGUUCACUGGUCAAUGGCCUACCACUCCCGAGGGCGAGGAGAUUCGCACAAUAUUUGUAACCGGGUUCCCCCCAGACGCCAAGGAGCGCGAGGUGCAGAACAUGCUGCGCUGGUGGCCGGGCUACGAGGCCUGCCAGCUCACCUUCAAAGGCGACCAGCCGUUGGGAUUUGCCAUCUUUAGCACCCCCGCCAUGGCGUUUGCUGCUAAAGACGCGCUGCAGGGUCUCAUAUUCGACGCGGACCACAACUCAGUGCUGCGAGUGGAGCUGGCCAAGACCAACCUGCACAGACGGAAAGGUCUACCCGGGGGAGGUGACGGCUAUGAUCACUCCAAGCGAUCCAGGGUCGAUCCCAUGGUGGCUUUUAUGCCUGGCGCUGCAGCUGCUAUGGGCAGCUUCAUGCCAGCAGCAUAUGACGCCUAUGCGUCCUCCUUCACACCCCUCCCUGCCGCCCCUGCCCCCGCUGCUGCGCCCAAGACGUACACCCCGCUCCCUGCUCCGCCCCCUGGCAUGCCCGGAAAGAUAUACCGCGACAACCCCCCCUGCAACACGCUCUAUCUCGGCAACCUGGGGCUGGGAGUGAGCGACGCCGAGCUGUUGCAGAUUUUCAGCGUGCAGCCUGGUUAUGUGCAGCUGAAGCUGCAUCGCCAGGGAGCGAGCACCUGCUGCUUCGUGCAGUUCGUUGACGUGGAGACAGCAACAGCAGCGCACACGGCGCUACAGGGAAUCAGUCUCGUCUCUUCGGACAGAGGGCCUGUGCGCGUGCAAUAUCCUCCUCACCUUACCACCACUCCCAGCUCCCCAAGCCCUCCUGCCCUUCUACCCUUCUGCUCACCUCAGUGCUCCCCCCCACUGUCUUAA